ACCGCUGAAAAGACGCUCAAAAGUGAUAAGCAGGAUGUGCUUAUGGUGCGUGGGGGCAAGUUCAAGAAAUCUGGAAAGAAGAGGAAUGCUAAGAAAGGUGGCAACAAGGCCAGCCCAACUAAGCAAACUGGCGCCAAAUCUGUAAAGAGGAAGGUCAGUCAACCCACUUCUGAAUCCGAAUGCUUCUACUGCAAGAAGAAGGGGCAUUGGAAGAGAGAUUGCUUGAAGCUAAAGGAAGAUCAGAAGAACGGAACAGUCGUUCCAUCUUCAGGGACUAAGAAGAAGUAGAAAGUUAAGCAAGGGUGAAGUCAACCUACGAGUGGGAAAUGGAGCACGGAUUGCUGCAUUAGCUGUAGGAACUUACUAUUUGUCGUUGCCCUCCGGG